AUGAAUUAUUGUGCACUAUUUGAUCCACAACUGUGGAGACAAGAAAAGUGUAGACAUUGUUUUAAAUCAGAGUCUGAACACAGAUACUCUAGAACACAAUCACAACUCGAACUUAAUUUUAAUAAUGAUACGACGAGCAACACUAAAAACAAACAACAACAACCAACCACCAAACAACAACAACCACCUCCACCAAAACCUAAUCUUCCCUCCACUCCAUCAUCAUCUUCAAAAUCAACAUCCUCAUCAGGUGAUGGUACACCCAGUAAUCAUGGAUCCAAUAAUAAUAAUAAUAAUAUUAGUAGUAAGAGUGGUGGUGGUGGUGGUGGUGGCUCUGGAGGAUUAAAUAAAUCAAAAGGAAAUAUAAUGAAUACUACUCCAUCGGUUGAUAGAGCACCACUAUCAAUCAGAAGAACUCUAACACCUCAAGCAAUUGAAACAUUCUCAAAAAGAAUAUUCCAAGGUUCUUCUCCUUCUUCCUCUCCAAACAACAAACAACAAGCUGUUGUAGGAUCACCUACUCUUAACAAUCCAUCAACGACGACUACGUCUUUGUUACCACCAACGUCACCCUAUUCAUCACCAAGACCUGCCGCACCUAUACCAAUCAGUCGAAAGGAUCAAUCUCCAACUAGUCCAAAACCAUCAUCUGCAACUGCUGCAUCAUCUGCCUUGUCAUCUAGUCCAUCUACUCCUUCAUCGGGUAAUACAAACAAGAUGAUUAAACUAUUUAAUAGUGGUGGUAGUGGAGGUACCUCGGCUGUUGAACAAUCAACCACCACUGUCAUUCCAUUUAAAUUACAACAAGAACAAUCGUCAAAUUUGUCAUAUUCUGACUCUUCAUCAUCUCAAGUUGAUCUAGAAAAUGAGGAACAAGACGAGUUGGAAGACAAUCAAACAUCACCUUCAAAUUCGUCUUUGAUUCAUCUUGUUGAAACAAGACAAUCUAGAUCUCAAUCUGAUAUACCUCAUUCUUCAACUUCAAAGGAUUUAUUAGAUACUAGUACUGUACCAUCACUUAAAACACCUUCAACACCGAUUCCACCAUCAAUCAGGAAACCAUCUCAUCAUCAUCACCAUCCACAAAAUGAUUCAUUAUUGUCGAUCAUUUAUCAACAAAAACAUGUGAGACAAAACGAUUUAUCGCCACCAUUAUUGGGAUCAUCGCCAGCUAAACAAUCACCAUUGUCUUCACUCAAUUCAAUGUCUUCACUCUCUUCUUCAUCGACAACAAUAUCAUCUUCCAGUUCUUCAUCCUCCUCCUCCUCUACUUCGCCUUCAUUUUCAAGUUUACCAUAUACACCUUUAUCUUCUAGUUCUUCUUUAAAUAAUUAUUUAAAUCAACAACAACAACCACAACAACAAAAAGAAGCACAACAAUUAAAAGAACCUCAGCAACAACAACAUCCAACACCAAAUAGAAAAUAUACAAUUGCCAAAGGUUUAAUGAAAUUAAAAAAGAAUAAUGGAGAUUUUAAGAAAUCAUCAGCCAACAAUACACUAAAGAGAAGUAAUAUUGCCAAUUGGGUUGAUACCAAUAAUGAUAUGUUUAAAAUAUUUAAUGCAAUACAAUCAACAUUGAUUUCAUUGCCAGGUAUAUCACCAAACGUAGUAAUGAACAUUAUGGAUAUUCUAUACAAUCAACAAUUGGAUCUAUCAUUUUACACUGGUGUCAAUCCUACCUAUUUGGAUGGUAUAAGAAAUGCAAUAGAUACCCUACAAACAUGGAAAACUGCACAAAUCUAUGUAAAGGAUGUCGUAAAGGUUCAGAGUUGUGUUCGUCGAUUCCUUGCCAAACGUAGGGUUGAUUGGUUGGCUUCAACAUACUCUAAAUCAUUGUUGCGUGAAAGAAAUAUAGCUUUUAGACAGUUGAUAUACGAAGAAAGAAGAUACAAUAAUAAUCUAAAGAUUAUUCUAGAGCAUUAUUACAACAAACUCAAUGCUGCACCAAGUCAUAUCAUUACCGAUGAUGACUUUAAUGCAAUCUUUUCAUCGAUUGACGAAAUAUUUUUGGUUCAUCAAAGAAUAUUGGAACAAUUUGAACAACUUCACAACAAAUGGCCUUGUGUAGAAGGAUUGGGUGAUAUCUUUUUACGUAUUGCUCCAGAGUUAAAGGUCUAUGGAAACUAUGUAAAGAAUUUUAAAAAUGCAAUCGAUACUUUGGAACGUUGUAGAAAGGAGAAUGUUAAAUUUGCAGCAUUCAUUGAUGAAUGUUGCCAAAAUACUCCAGGACAAGUAUAUGAUUUGAUGGCACUCAUUGCAACACCACUCAACCAUUUGUCAAUGUAUCAACGUCAACUCUUUGCCAUUGCCAACCAUACACCUUCCCAUUGGCCAGAUUAUGUAAAUAUUAUAAACUCUGAAAAAAUGAUGAAAGAAGUUGAACAAUUGGUUCAAGAUAAUCUUGCUCAAGCUCAAAAUGCUGCUUCUCUCUUGAAUAUUUAUAGAAAGGUUAAUAAUAAAAAAUUAUUAGAUCCUUUUGUAAUACCAGGUAGAAUUUAUUUACAUGAAGGAAAAUUAGUUAAAUUUGAAACAAAAAAGCAAGAUCAAGUUUAUUUUUACUUUCUUUGUAAUGAUAUUAUACUCUUUACAAAAAAACAACGUGGAGGUGGAGAUUUAUUGAAAUUUAAAUAUCUAUUCCACUUGAAUGAUAUCAUUGUUUCUGAUCAACCUGAUAAUAAUCUUCAUAAAUAUAUUAUUAGUAUUAGUAAAAAAGGAACAAAUGAUACUGCUGCUGCUGGAAAUAAUAUUAGUAUAUCAUUUUCAGUAGAAGAUGGAGAAGAAAAAAGAGGAUUACUAAAACAAUUUAGUCAUCUAACUACUGUAAACAAUUCAACAAAGAUAUUUGGAGUAUCUAUUGUUGAUCUAGUUAGUAGAGAAGCUGAAAAAACAUUUGUACCAAAUUUCAUUUUAAAAGCUUCAAAUGUAUUAUUAAAUCAUAUAAAUGUAGAAGGAUUAUUUAGAGUAUCACCUAAUCAAUUAGAGGUAGAUACAUUAAAGGAAACGAUAAACAAGAGUCAAUCAUCACAAUUGGAAGGUAUUUUGCAAAAAGCAGGACCACAUCAUGUUGCAUCGGUAUUCAAAGCAUUCUUUAGAGAGAUGAUACCACCACUAUUUACCUAUGAAUUGUAUGAUAGAAUCAUUGAAAUUGGUGACAGUCGUGGUGUAGAGGCACAUGAACAAAUGAGACGUGUCAAAACACUAUUACAAUCGAUACCACAAUGCAACCAAGUUACAUUACAAGUUAUUCUUCUUCUUCUUGGAACGAUUGCCUCUAGUAGUGAUAGGAAUAAGAUGACCAAUUCAAAUUUGGCCAUUGUUCUUGCACCAAAUCUAAUUAAACCUUCCUAUCAAACCAUUGAAACUUCACUACAAAUUCCAAUCAUCAACAAUCUAAUCAGUCUCAUGUUGGACAAUUAUCAACUUUUAUAUAAAGAUAAAUCAGUAUCUAUUAUGUUAAGAGGAACAGCAAAUCUUAUGCAUAACACUGUUACAUCAUCAACAACAUCAAUGUCACUAUGGGAGAUGAUACAAAAGGUAUCAGAGAGAGCUACACGUAUUGGUGCAAUAGAAAAAAUAGAAUCUCAUCCUGUAUUCAUUAAAGAAUCAAAUGUCAAUUUUAUGUUGAGUGUUGCUGGUGCAUUGGCAAAGAGACCUUUUAAUUUUGAUAAAUCAUCAUCAACUUCUUGUUCAACAUCACCAUCACCAUCACCUUGUAUUAAUAACAAUCAAAAUAAUCAAAAUAAUAACGAUAAUAAUAAUAAUAAUAAUACUAUACUACAAAAAAAGAAACAAUUUAUUGAUCCAUUUUUACCAUGUGAUAAAGAUCUAUUAGUUUGUGAUCUAUUUGGAACACAUAAUUUGGUAUUAAAUAAGUUUAAUGUUUCUAAUCAUCAUUGUAUCAUUGCAACUACUGAUUAUCAAGAUCAAAUUGAACCUUUAAAUAGAAAUGAUUUCAAAGCAAUUUGGGAAUGUGUAGACAAAUGUGAUAUGUUAUGCUUCUUUAAUUGCGGUGCACAAAGUGGGGCAAGCCAACCGCACAAACAUGUACAACUACUUAGAACACCUUAUUUUGAAAAUGAACAAAACCUUAAAUGUCCUAUCGAAUCUGUCAUUAAAAAGCAUCUAAAAGGACCUGAUGUCAUUGUCAAUGUAGAUUCACUUGGAUUUCACAGUGCUGCUGUUCAACUAGAUAAAUCAAAACUUUCAGAUGACUCGUCCUCAUUGGAUCAAAGAGCACAAUAUUUUGAAUCAAACUAUAUAGAUCUUUUGAAUCAUUUAAAACUAGUGGUACAUGAUAAUAAUAAUAAUAAUAAUAACAAAGAUGAUAAUGAUGAUACUAUUCAAAAGAAAUAUAAUACAGGUGGUAAUAGUUAUAAUUUUAUAAUGACCAAUGAAUGGAUGUUUGUUGUACCUCGAAAAUGUUAUCAAUCAAAUGGAAUAUCAAUUAAUAGUGUAGGAUUCACUGGUAGUAUAUUGGUACGUAGUGAAAGGGAAAUGGAAACAAUCAAACAACAUGGAAUCGUUAAUAUUUUGAACGAAGUUUCCUAUUCACCACCCAAAUACUGA